UAUCGCGUGGUGAUUCACUGGUGCUUUCAACCUCGGUUCCCGGCGCCCGUCCGCUCGUUGUUAAACGUUAAACCAUUAAAUUGUUGCGAUUUGCUAUGACAUCCGUCUUACAACGUUCGUGAUCAUCUGUCCCGAAACAAAACACCAUUUAAAUCCGUUGAUGACGACAACACCCGAUCUUUCAACCUGCGUUUUUUGCGUGUUUUCCUCGCCGCGCACGGUCUGACGUCCGCGCCGCCGUAGAGACUAGUUCGAAUUUCCGUCCGCGCCCUUGUUUUUCAACGUAAAUCAAUAGCAACCAUUUUAAGCGUUCAGUCAAAACAAUUUGGUACAAUUUUUCGCGUCGUAUUUUGCGUUUUGUUUUUUUUUCUAUUUUUUUUCUUUAUCACAAUCAUCGGUUUUCUACUGUUACUGCUUCUCCUCAUAUCGUCGUAAACCUUCAGUAAUUUUUAUUUCGUUUUUCACACACCGGUCAUUGUUAUAAUAAUUAUUGUGCAAUAAUUACUUCCCUAACCGCUGAACGUUACAUCUCUAUAAUGGAUAUUGCUGCCAUAACCACGAAAGAAGAAGACACUGCCCCUGUUGUCGCUGAUACUGCCGCCAACAACACUACUACUACUACUACUGACGAGUCAAAUCUGAUAGCAGCAUCUAAUGAAAUUGUUCCACCCAUUAAACCAGACCAGGAAACGAUUAUAACGUCUAAAAAUGUGGAACAUGAGAUGGUGGUCAGUGAAACUGCAACUACAACCGUUAACGACAUUAGUAACGAUCCCAAAGUUGAAGAAGAUCAGUUAAAUAUAGCUAUGGCAUCUACUAAAAUAUCAACUAAUAAGAUAGAUAAGAUUAAACAGAAUCAAGAUGAAACAGUUGUGGACGAGCAACAGAAACCUGCAACAUCUAAGAUUGAAGAAGAAAUUGUAGUCAAUGAAAACCCUGAUACAAAUCUAGAUACCUCUAUAAAAUCAAAAUCAGAGUAUGAUGAAAUAAUUAAUUCAACAAUUGGUAGUGGAUUUGAAGAUGCUGUUGAGUAUAUUACUAAUGAUGAAGAAGAUAGUGUUGUAAAAGAACAACCUCAAGAUGUAAUUCAACAGGAAAAUAUUCCAAAUGAUGAGAGCUGUUCACAGCAAGAAGAAGAGCGAGGUGAUGGCGAAGAAGACAAUAAUGAAGAAAACAAAGAUGCUUUAGCACCUACUGAACCUGCAGUACCUGUACCUGUGGAUGAUGAUACUAAUGAUCCACAGUACAUACCUAGACGUGGAAGAUUUUAUGAGCAUGAUGACCGUAUGGCUUAUAGUACAACAAGCUCCGAAGGAUCAGAAUCAGAUAAUGGAUAUGAAGAAGAUUCAGGAGACGAAGAUGGAGUGGUUUCCGAUCGUCGCCGCAUUAGAAGACGACAUACAGGCAUUAAAAAACCAAAAUCAGUGACCCCAGUAGAUGCAACUGAAAACACUGCUUCAGUAGUUGAGGAAGGAAAAACAAUGUCAACUAAAAAAGUCUUGGCGAUAUCUAAAGUUGCUGCUACAUUAAAAGACACUGAUACUUCUGUAACUGCUGUUGGAUUGACAAAAAAACCUAGUGUAGGUUCUAGAAAAUCUCGUGAUUUAGAUUCUUUAGAUAAGUGGUCACAUGAUAUGUAUGAUGAAAACGAGCAGACACGUAAAAGUCGUGAUGAGUUACUGGCCUCAUAUGGAUAUGAUAUAAGGGAAGAGUCGGAAGCACCUCGAGCUCGACGUCACCAUAAAUAUGGACGAGCUGCAACUACCAAGUAUACUCGUAAUUGGCAGGACACAAAAGCUUACAUUGGUGCUGCUGGCGGACAGCAGUCUAUGAAAGUAAGACGCGGUGGUAUGGCUCGACGCAGUGUUGGUGGUCCAAAUAAAAAUUUAAAGAAAUCUACAACGGAUGGUUAUACCUCUGAAUUUCCUGCUUUGGGUAAUGCAAAGAAAUUAGAGCCUAGUUCAUCAACUGUAUCUCCUGCAGUUGCAGAAGUCUCAAACCAGAAUCGUGAACAACAACCAAAAACACUUUCUGUUCAAAAUGAAGAAAAAAAGACAAUUGCUGCAGUUGCAGAAACUGGUCAGGCUCGAAACCACACUACGUCAUCCCGAGUAACCUCAAAAUAUAAUACAACUUCUCCUGCAAAUCGAAACAAUCGUCAAGAACAGCAAAAUGGCGGCGCGCCUUCUUCAUCUUUAACGUCUAACAAUAAAAACUAUUUCAAUCGACCUUCAACUGAGACUUCAAUUACUAAAGAAAAAGGUGCUCAAGUAAAUCGAGAUUCUUCUUCAACAACGCCUAAUUCAAACUUUUUUAACCGAAAACCACAACAAAAUAGUAGUAAUCAUCAUCAACAUCAAAAUUAUAAGCAACAGCACUUUAAUAGUGGUCAAGGUAGCCCAGGACAUCACCAGCAACACCAACAUUCUUCGCCAUCAACUUCUCGAAGCCGUAAUUUCCAUCAACAUCAUACUUCGCACCAAUAUAAUCGUGAUAGAUAUUUUUCUAAGGGUUCUAUACCUCCAUCUUCAUCCAGUCCAAAUCAACACAACUAUGAUCAGCAACAUCAUUCUGUAGUGCCUAAUACUGCUGGCACAGGGCGUACACAACAUGGUAGCGGACAUUAUCAACACUAUAAUAAUCGUCAGUAUGAAAACGAAAAUCAACAAAUUGAGUCACCUGCACCACCUACACCAGUUGUACGCAGCUCCAAACGCUACUCAGUUCAAAGCCGCAGAGAGCUUCCUGACCCAGUACUAAAUUUUGGAGGAAUAUCUAAAACACCACAGUCACAGCCUCCAGCUUCUCAGCAACAAAAUGGAAUAGUGAUGCAAGACCAACAAAUUCAACCUCAACAACAAAUGCAACCUACGCCUCAACAAUUACAACAGCAACAACCAAUCCAAAUUCAUCAACAACCACCACCAAUGCAAAUACAGCAGUACCACCAACCCUUGCAGCAAAUACAUACUCAUCACGGCAUGGUGCUUGAUCACAAUACUGGUAUGAUGGUCAUGGCUGCAGCUGAUCCAUCCAUGUACCAUCAUCAAAUGUAUGCUACACCUCAAUAUGCAACUGGAGUUGCACCGGGUCCAACAGCUGGUAGUGCUGAUGAUCAGAAUGCAGCAGCAGCAGCAGCAGCUGCUGCAGCUGCUCUUCAGAUGCUUGCAGCACAAGCAGCUGUUUACCAACCAGUACCAACAGGUGCUACAGGUGUAACUUCGCCACCAUCUGGAACACAAUCUUUGCAACAACCAGAAACUUUCAUGACUACUUACUAUCAACCACAGCAACAGCCUCAACAACAACCUCCCCCAAGACGGGUCAAUCUGGCUAUACCCAUUGUUGCGCCACCUCCAGAACCUAAUCAACAGCAAGGAAAUUCAAAAACUAAUUUAUCUACUACACCACCACCUACUACAGCUUCAACCAACUGAGAACAGCUUCUAUAAUUGACUAUUAUAACUACUACAAAAUAUUGAAACUUUUCUGAUUUUUUUUUUUUUUAACAUUUCUUAGUUUUAUAUAAAAACUUUUUGGUUUA